UGCUCCAAGCCGCAAGCUCCCCGCACUGCUGUGAUGCACUUACCUAUGACGUCAUAGGCUGCAAUUUGUGGCUGGCGUUCGGCGACAGUGAAGCGGCCCCGAGGUCGCCGACCCCACCGAUGCAGCCGGCGCAAGAAGCCGGAGGCUGUGCGCGCUUCGUUUCGCUGCGCCAUUCCAGACUGAGCAGCGACCGGACUGGAGUCUCGGGCGCUGCAGAAGACGCCCUGCUCACCGGGCCGCUGACCAGCGUGCGGUGUGGCGGGAUGGACGCGCUGUGUUGAUCGAGCGACGAGUUCGUACGUAGGCUGGUGUCAGUACGAGGCUGGAGCGCAGACAUGGGGGUCGACGAAUUCGACGCGGCUAAAUCUUCGCUACAUCAAUCUUCGCACCCGGUUACCCGUGACGUCACCAGUUCACCGCAGCGGCAGCUCAUCACGCCACUGAGAUACCAGCUGCGUGCGAGCGGUGUUCCGCGCGAGCUGGACCCGUCCACCCGUGGCGACAGGACACCCGGCAACAGCAAGGUUUUCUGCAAUACAUUACAGCAGAAUUGCACGUGGUGGGGAUGUCUGCUGCUCGUCAUCCUGACAACGACGCUGCUGCGCAUGCGCAAUAUCGGCGUGCCACCGGCAGUCACAUGGGACGAGUCGCAUUUUCUGAGGUUUUCCCAGCAUUACCUUAACGGCACAUUCUUUCAUGAUGUUCAUCCGCCACUGGGAAAGAUGAUUGUGGCUUCUAUCGGGUACAUCACAGGGCCAGGACCGGUACAUGGCAUUCGACUACGAGUUCAAUUACCAACACCCGCGCUGACGACUGGUACAUCUUGAUGAGGAUUGGUAUCUCUCUGUUUGGAGUGUUGCAAGUGAUGACGUCAUUCCUCAUCGUGUGGGAAAUCAGCCAGUCGCUGUCGGCGGCUUACGUCACGGCACUGCUCAUCGUUUGCGAUUCUGCUGCACAUGCGUACAAUCGGCUUGUUCUGCUGGACCCGAUCCUGCUGUGGUUCAUCUUGCAGUCUACGUAUAGUAGCAUCAAGUUCUCCUCCUGCGCGGAUAGACCGUUCGCCGUACACUGGUGGCUGUGGUUGCUCGUGACCGGCGUCUUCCUAGGCCUGUCGCUAGCCGUGAAGCACGUCGGCAUGUUCGUGAUCCUGCUGGUGGGCCUGCGGGCCGUGCACGACCUUUGGCAGUUGUACUGCGAUACCUCGGUCAGCCUGAUGAAUGUCAUCAAGCACUUCCUGGCCCGCUGCUUCUGUCUGAUACUGGUGCCGAUUCUCCUGUACAUGUCUACGUUUGUACUUCACCUGCACCUUCUGGAUAAGGGGGCAGACACGCCUGAUAUCGGCUUGUACUCCGCGCAAUUCCGGCUUUCGUUUUCUGAUCAUGCCAUCUCCAGGCACACACCCCCAGUGGUGACCGACGGAUCGCGCGUGACGCUCUUGAGUGGAGCGCGCGCAAGAGGCUACCUGGCGACCUCGUAUGACACCUACCCCGAUGAGUUCGGCGCCGAGACUCAAGUCGUUGCACUAGACGCGUUUCUCGACGACCUCAACGGCUGGAUGUUCACGCGGACCGACGAGCGCCAGCUGGUAAAUCCGGCAUCUCCUGACUACGCUUCGCAGGCGGUGGCCCACGGCGACGUUGUGCGCCUGAUAACGUGCUCACUCAGCGUCACCUACAUGUCCACCGGCUGCCAGCUCCCCUCACACCGGACAAGUACAUGGUCGCCGGCUUCGGACAGCCAGGACGAGCUCCACGCCGGCGGUGUAUGGCACGUGCUGCUAGACGAUCCGGGCGCUUCCUUCGGCGUCACGCCACUACGCACGGUGGGCUCUUGGUUCCGGCUGGUGAACAACAGCACAGGCUGCGCACUGCGGCCUGGCUUCAGCAAAUAUCCCGGCUGGGGUUUCGAUGGCUGGGAGGUCGUGUGCGACCCGAAGGGUGUCAAUCUCGAGGAUACAGAGCAGCUGUGGCAAAUUGACGAGAACGUCAAUGCCAGGGUGGAAGGCGCUGACUUGAAGGCGCAGUACGAAAUGUCAACGCUGGCGAAGAUCAUUGAGAUGCAGCCCGUCAUGCUGGUCUCCAACAGUCAAUUCAAAGAUCAUCAAGUCGGGCGUGAAGACAGCUUACAGAAACUGUUCAGCUCUAGUCCUUGGAUGUGGCCGAUACUGUACAAGGGGUGUGCGUGCCCGGUGACCCAGGUGCACGCGAUGUACUUCGUCGGCAGUCCGCACGUGUACUUCCCGAACCUGGCCAUACUCUGCGCGCUGCCCCUGCUGGAAACCGUGAGCAGGGUGCGACGACGGCGGCACCCCCAGGCUACAGAGCGUCAACGCAUCCAGGAAGGAUUGCUGUAUCUGCUGCUGGCCUGGGUACUCCAUUACGCUCCUUUCUGGGCGAUGCGACGGCGGCUCUACUUUCAUCACUACUUGCCGGCCUUUUUCUUCAGCACCAUGAUAUCUGGCCUGGUGUUGGACGCAGUGGUCGGUUGGCUCGAAGGCCUGCCGUGGCCCGUCGGCAGACGGCUCCUCCGACCUGCUGCCCUGGCCGUGCUGACGGCUUUCUACGUGCAAAGUUUCCUGACCAACUGGGAGCUGGCGUUCGGAGUUCCCUCACGUGGAUCUGGGGAGUUCCCGAUGAACAAGCAUGCGUACUUCGACUCAUGGAAAGUAUGAAGACUGCUCCCAGUGUUGCUCCGAGCAUUACAGACAGCUGACUUUCGGCACGGCGGUCAUGAAUUUGCUUCUUUUAUCAUUGGUGUCGGGUUGCGUCCUUCUUUGACCUUGACACUGUGUAUCUGUUUAGCCCAACUGGUCGCAAUAAAACUAGCGCUUAGAUCAAAAGCUUCUGGAAACAUAUUCGUGGCAGAAAAACAGGGCCUUUUUCCUAUGCUAAGAGAAAAAAAGCGGGAGCGAGAUGCAUUCCAGCCCUGGAUGUUGUUUUGCUACAACACGGUCAGGAUUACCGAUAUCGUAGUGUUGAAAAGCAGAUGCUGAAGUGGUAUUUAUAAGAAAUGUUAACGUUGAGCGAUGUGAAGGUUUGUGGUGCGCAGCCCGUUUGAGCGUCAAUUAUAAUAUUGUACCCAUGUAUCGAGUGGACAGAAUAUAAGAGCCCAUGCUUGAAAUCACCCACA